AUGAGGAAGUUGAAGUCUAGAGGAAUCAGUUUACAGAUAAGUACUCGCAAUGCUUUGAUUUUAGAGGUCUCUAGGCGUAGAGAUGCUUCCACUGGAUAUAAGUUAUGUAGACAAGUUUUUGGAUUAGAUGAUGUUAGUGUUGAUAAGAUUAAGCCUAAUGUCAACACUUUUAACUUGAUGAUGGUGAGUUUCUACAGAAAAGGUAAAACAGAGAUGGUGGAGAGGAUCUGGAGAGAAAUGGAUGAAGAAGUUGGAUGCGUUCCCAAUGCUUAUAGCUAUAGUGUUUUGAUGGAGACAUAUUUUGGGCGAGGUAUGAUGAUUGAAGCAGAGAAGAUAUGGGAAAAGAUGAGGUUAAAAAGAGUUGUUUAUGAUGUUGUAGCUUAUAACACUAUGAUUGGUGGGCUUUGUAGUAACUUAGAGGUUACUAAAGCCAAGGAGCUUUACGGUGAGAUGGGUUCGAGGCAAAUAGACUGUACUUCUCUAACCUAUGAUCAUCUCGUUAGAGGGUAUUGUAAAGUGAAGGAUGUUGAUUCAGCUAUGGUUGUUUAUAGGGAGAUGAAAAGGAAGAGUUUUGAAGCAGAGAGUUUAACCAUUGAAUCGUUAGUUGAAGAAUUAUGUGAUGAUAACAAAGAGAGAGCUGUUGAAGCGGCAGAGAUCGUGAAGGAAGCUGUGAGAGAAUCAGAGUUUCUUCCUAGUCAGAAAUGUUAUGAGUUGCUGAUAAAGAGGUUGUGUGUUAAAGGCAAGAUGGAUAGAGCAUUGAGCAUUCAGGCCGAGAUGGUUGGAAGAGGAUUUAAACCUAACCAAGAGACGUCUAAUGCUUUUAUCGACGGGUAUGGAAGAGCAGGUGAUGAAGAUACAUCUUCAUUGUUGGCUAUAGAAAUGGCUGAAUCACUCAAGCUAAUAGCUGAAGAAGAAUAUAACUAG